CACAAUGCGUAUCUGGAGAGGCAUCAAAACUCGCAAAUGAAAGAAAUAUGGAUUUUGGACGAAUAUAUUGUAGCUUUCUCCUUUUUUCACGUCGUUUUAUUUGAAAGACGAGAAAGUGGAAGUAUUCAGAUGUACCUUGACGUUUCACCCUAGCGAAAUAAUGAAAAGAAAAGGCUCGAAAACCAGGUGAUGGCCGACAAACGAAAAUUGCAAGCUGAGAUCGACAGAUGUCUCAAGAAGAUUACGGAAGGUGUGGAAACAUUUGAAGAUAUCUGGCAAAAGGUACACAAUGCAGCUAAUGCCAACCAGAAGGAAAAAUAUGAAGCAGAUCUUAAGAAAGAAAUUAAGAAAUUACAGCGACUUCGUGACCAGAUUAAGACAUGGAUUGCAUCCAACGAUAUCAAAGAUAAACAAGUUCUGGUAGACAAGAGGAAGCUUAUUGAAACGCAAAUGGAAAGGUUUAAGGUGGUAGAAAGAGAGACAAAGACCAAGGCUUAUUCAAAGGAGGGUCUUGGCUUGGCCACCAAAAUUGAUCCAGCAACCAAGGAAAAAGAAGAAUUCAGAAACUGGUUAACUGAAUCCAUAGAUCGCUUGAAUGUUCAAGUUGACCAGAUUGAAUCGGAACUGGAAGCUUUGAAUUCUGCUCCAAAGAAAAGAAAGGCCGAUAAAGAGCGACUGGAAAGAAUAGAAGAAUUAAAUAGAUUUAUUGGCCAACAUAACUAUCACGUCAAACAACUAGAGCGGAUUCUCAGAAUGUUGGAUAACUCAACUAUAUCACCAGCUGAUAUGAACAACCUACAGGAUGAUAUGGAGUUCUAUAUAGAAAAUAGCAUGCAACCUGAUUUUGAAGAAAACGAAUACAUGUACAAUGAUUUACUACUAGAUGAUGCAGAUCCUGACUCAGCCAAUAACUUGGCAACCUCUCCUACGGAUAAUGAAGAAGAAUUUUCAUAUCAAAAAGAUAACAUGGUUAACUCUAUUCCACCAAACUCACCAACAACAUUGACCAACAACUACAACAAUAAAAUAUCUGCGCAAAACUCUCCCAGGAAAAACUCCAAAGGCAGUUGUUCAACUGCACCUCCAACUGUGAACAACAUUGGUAAUGGAUCACCUGUAACCAAGGUUCCUACCACACCAAAGAUAAACACUUCCAACAGUGGAAAUGGAAGUAAUAGAGGUUCAUCAACGUUGCCUCCUAAAACUGUAAAUACAACUAUUGUAAAUUCCGACCAUCCGACGAGUGAGGUGAAGCCUCCAGUAACUCCCCCACCUAUCUCAGGUUAUGCGGGGGUUGUAGGUGGGAAUAACCACAACCCGGCUGCACCCGCCCCUCUAACACCGAACGAUGUGAUUGCUAAAAAUACGACGCCGAGCAAUAAGAGAGCAGCUCCUCCUGUGGUCGUGGGGCAUAAUUCAAACCCCGAACACACGGACUCAGACUCGCAACAACAGCAACAACAACAAAACGAUGUGAAUGACCUCAUUACGUCACUCUCCUCAUUAUCAAUGCCAUCAUCAGUGCCGCUCUCCACAACCACAAUGGUCAACUCACUUCCUCAACCCAGUCUCCCAGCGGUCUCGUGCCAGCCCUCUCUUGAUACCACGACCUCUGAGCUGCCAGCAGUCUCGUCCCCAAGCCACCACACGAGCACCUCGACGAACAUCGCGAACUCGUUCACGGCGUCUGGUCAGACGACAAACAGUGCUUCCGUUUCGUCAACUGUGCCUUCCACGACGCUUUUAGGUGAUGUGAACGAUUGCCUAGAGGACACUUCGCCAUCUCAUGGACCCCUUAGCAUGUCAGUGCCGACACAGAACGAGAUUUCUCGCACUCUUCUUGAAAACGACGACAUAGCGGAUGUAAAUCAGCGGGAAAAUGACGAUAGACCACAAAUAAUGCAGCCCGCAAGCCUUGGACCGCCACAGGUUUUAAACUCAUUAAAUACCCUCAAAACAAUGGCAGCCCAAGCUGUGGCUCAUGCUGGAGUCGAUAACAACAGUUCUUUACCGAAACAGUUGGGAAACCUUCCUAACAGAGUUCUCUUCGAGAGCGCGGCCACGACCGCGGGCCAGGAGAGACGUGAACCGGAGACUCACACAGCUCACCUUCAACCACUACUAGGAGUGGCACCGCUCGGUCCUGUUCCGCUGAAUAAAGAUAAAGUAUAUCAGUUAGCCCUAGUUGAGCCCGCGUUUCACCAUCUACCCUUUCCUAGCGACUCGGAACGAGUAAGACCAUAUCUGCCUCGGACUCCCUACCCCACUGCUGGACACCAUCAUCACCAAAUGCCUCCACACUUAGAUUCAAUUGACUUCUUUCAAAGACUCUCAACCGAAACACUGUUUUUUAUAUUUUAUUAUCAGGAGGGCACCCGGGCACAAUAUUUAGCUGCAAAAGCAUUGAAGAAACAAUCGUGGAGAUUUCACACGAAGUACAUGAUGUGGUUUCAAAGACAUGAAGAACCCAAAGCUAUAACAGACGAGUACGAACAGGGGACAUAUAUAUACUUUGAUUAUGAAAAAUGGAUGCAACGGAAAAAAGACGGCUUUACGUUUGAAUACAGAUAUUUGGAAGAUAAGGAUCUGCCCUGAUCACAAAUGUGUGUCGACCAAUCCAACGAGAACCAAUCAACGACGUAUGUCUACUCACAUGACCCCAACACAACACUUUUUCAUAUUCUCGGUCUGGAAGCAUGCGACGGGGGGAGGCAUCUUGUGUUGCAAUGUAAAGUAUUUCAAUCUUCUCCCCCCUGGCAUAGAGUUUUUAACUUACGCAUGCAGGAUAAUGGCUUUACCCUAUUGACCGGCAAAGCCGGACGCAACAAAUUGGUUUUAGCUAGCAACUUAGUGAAAUGGCGGUAUUAAAUGAUAAAAACAAUGCCAUUGUAAAUAAUGACUGUUCAAUAAAUCUGGAACAUUUUUCACGUACAAAGUUAGGGUUCUAUGUCUUGAGAUUUUUAAAUGCAGAUUUUGCAGUAAAAAUGGG